AUGAGCACAGGGGCUCAGCGGAUAGUCUGGCCCUUCACCCUCCAGUGCGUGACUUCAGGAGCCUUACCGUCGGAUGACUACCCAAAGUCGUUGGAGCUUGUGCAUGGGCAUGUGCUCAUCUACUCGUGGUGGCUGGAAGUUUACCGUGCUCUUCAUGCUUCAGACUCAGCGAAGCUGACCUUGCUCAUUGAAUGCGCGCUCUGUGCGACUGUCCAGGUGAAGUUUGUGAAAACACGUUCGGCCGUGCUGUCUGCGGCCAUUGAAGCUGCGUCAGAAACAUGGGAGACGGCAGACGUGCUGCAAACUUCCUUCCACUCCUUCGCCUUCAAGCUGGGCGAGUUGAUCGAGUCACUGCCAGCUGCUUCACGCUCUUCGCAGCGCAAGAUGCUGGCCACCCUUAAUGCCGACUACAAGAACCUAAAGUACCAAGGGAAGAGCCUCAACCAAUCCAUGCUGACCGCAGCCGUCGCCAUAGCCUCCGCCUUCCCAUCUGGGCAAAGUGGUGCUACGUUCCUCAAUUUGUUCUUCCAGUGGCAUGGGACUUUGCUAUGCAAUUAUUCGCGCCUGUACAAGGUGACUACAACAGUUGCGGCAUAUGUGAAGGAUCAGGAGAACGCGGACAGCUUGCAGCAGGCCUACUUGUCUGACAUCAUUGCCUUCCUCUUGCAUGACUUGAAGCAUGACGAUGUGUAUAUUCAUGAGCUCACAAGUUCUGAUUUCUUCUUUGGCGGCGGGGAACACACUGGAUGGCUUCCCAUUGCCUUCCUGCGUAUUGCCACCUACUCUUUCAUCCGCAACAUUGCCGAGAAGGCCAAGGCCUCCAAGGAUUGCAUAGACGGGAUUGCCCGACUUGCGCCAGGAUCUGAUUGGACUGAGCUGCAGCCGGCAUCGCCUUCGCCAUCUGCUGAAGACUCAGCCGAGCAAGCGGCGGCAGAACAGAGGUUGGAGAAAAUUCUCCAGGCUGCUUUGGCCAAAUGCGACAAGAAAGAGCAUGGGCUGCUGCAACUCUGUUCAGACAUAGUGGCCGGAACCUAUGUCGAGGACUUGCAGCGCAUUCUUGAGACCACCAAGUGCAACUAUAAGCAAGUCUUCGAGACACUUGAGAAAAUGCCCGCAGACACGGACUUGGGUCGGAAACUCCGUGAUGCAUGUGCCGCCUUCGAGAGCCAAGCCGUCGCCACCGAUGCCUCUGGCCCUCAACUUUCUGUUCGUGCCUUGGCUCGCUUGUCCUCGGACCCAGAUGGCCCAGAGAAGGACAGAUUGAUGCGUGCAAAGAAGGAAAGGGCUGAAGUGUGGGCCAAAGCAGUGGCUGUGCGCAAGCAACAUUGGCAAAUCAUCAAAUGGUCCAGCGGUGGCAAGGCGCAAGAGGCCAAGUCCCAGCUCCUGGACCAGAGAUCGUCUUCCAAAGUCGUGGUGGAAUUGAAUGAGCGCCAUCGCGGGUAUUUCCUUUCUGCGGAUCUUCUGGGAGAGUCUUCCCCUCCCUGGGCACCAGGCGCUUUCGAUCAGAAGCACAUGGAUAGAUUGAAGGCGCUGGUCUCCGCUGUGACGGAGUUGGAUGGAGAGUCCUCUUUCGUCUUCGCCUUUGACGGGCGCUCCCGGGAGAACAGAAAACUCAUCGAAGAAUCCUUCACCAAGUCCAAGAUUGCCUUGACGGAAAUGGCGGAGCUUUGGCUGUCCUAUGACAAGGGCAAGCAAGGCAACUCUCGAGAAGUGUUCGGGGCAGACCAUUCGCGUGAGGUAUGCUUCUUGAAGUUGCCCUGUCCUCGCGUGAGGUUGGCGUGCAAGCCAAGAACAGACAAACACUGUCGAGGUGAUUCGCCUUCGACUUCCGACUGUGUCUAUCACGCCCUCCCUAUGGCUGAGCAGGAGCAGCUGCCAAGGAUCGCCCGCGACCAGAAGGCAAAGAUUAUGCAGCUGAAAGAGGAUGCCCCGCCUUCCUGGAACAGCACUGCUGUUCCAUUGUUUUGGAGCGAAAGCAAAACUGUGGAGACCUACAAGAUGUUCAUCCAGAACUACUGCAUCAAGGAUAUUGUUGACAUGUCUCCAGGUUCUGGUGCUCUUGGAGCCGCCGCCCUCACGCUGGGAAUCCCCAUCACCUCCUAUGUUUUCGAUGACACGCACCAGACUUGGCUGCAGAAUGUUGCUGACCUCAAGUGUGCCAAGUUGAUUUGCGACAAGAACCAGCACCUGUACCAGCAAACACUCGCAGAGGCGCUUGCCAACUGGUUCUCGGACGAGCUUUCCCUCGCUCAAAGCAGUCCCAAUAAAGAGACUGAGUGA